AUGUCAUCGCCUCGUUUGCCGUCAGAUUGUACGAUGCAGGGACCAUCAUGGGACGAAUUUGACCGUUCGGAAGAGCAAGAUUAUAACAGCAGCUCAGAUCAUGAAACUGAUGAACAAGACUGUCAUUCGAGGAAUUUUGAUCUUAUCGCUUCACCAGGAUUUUAUGCAGCAACGACACAAACUCAUGUGAAUGUGGGUGAAAUACGUCUUACUCAGAGCAGUAAUUCACUUUCAUAUCUUGAUCAGUUACCAAACAGUGUGAGCGAACUUGGUACCACAUCACCCUCUGGCCAACAAUUAUACGGACCUUCUUUACCUCCCGGAUUUACGAAUAGCAGCGAAGAAGACGAUCCAGAAGAUCCUGGGGAUCCAGAAGAUCCCGACGAAGGUGAUUCUCAGUCUGCAAUGCCAAAUAUGUGUUCAUUCCUUCAAUGUUCAAUGUCAAGCAGUAUGCCGUCAUCCUCCUCUAAAUCUUCUUCUUUUGGUCCAAAUGUGCCAAAUUCGGCCGAAAUAAUCGCACCUUCGCUUCCCGAAGAGGAAACGAAGCGUUCACAAGAAAAUUUAUUACCUCCUUCGGAACCUGGAGAAAAGCAUUCUUCAAGUACAGACUAUUCGUUGAAAAGAGUGUUUGGUCCAUCAAUGCCAGAUCUGCUGCCAACAGUUGCGAAUUUAGGAGACAGCAGAGAUGUUUACGGUCCAGCAGUACCAUACGAUUUGCAAAAUAAAUCAUCUACAUCUGCUGGGAAAGACUUCGACGUUGAAGUACCCAUUGAUGAUGAGACUUGCGGUCACGAUAAUGAUGGUGACAACAAUGGCAUUUUCGGUCCAAUUCCUCCUUGGGAACAAAAAGGAAGUGUAGACGAUGAAUAUACGGAGAGAUUAGUGCGUCUGGAGAUGCUACAAGCGAGUAAGAGAUCUGCAUGCAAACGACCAGAAUGGAUGACGCAACCACCGAAGUGUUUCGGUGCUUAUGGUUUGUCAACCAAAACAUUUUCAUUAAAGAAUGACUCCGCUGCAGCUGAAAAAGCAAGGCUUCAAUGGACGGAAACUCCAGCAGAAAGGAAAAAGCGAUUGGAGCGAGGUGAUUCAUCUUGUGCUGGACCGAGUGGGCUGUCUUUUGAAGUACAGUGUAAUAGAGAUUCUGAUGCUAUUCAGACUCAAUGUAUAUCGGCUUUGGAAGAAGAUCGUGUAGAGUCAUUGCUGGAUAUUCACCAAAGAAAGCGAAAACAUGAGAUCGAUGAAAAUGGAGUAGUUGUAACAGAACGACGACCAUUUGACCGAAAUAAGGAUUUAGACAAUCAUACAUUUGGACGGGCAGGAAAUUUAAGUGCUGAUGCGAUCAAGGAACGUUGUGGGCAACUUAAUUCCCGCUUUGCUUCAUUCACUUCACAAAGAUUUCUUUGA